AUGGAACUACACAUAAAAGCAGAGGAGCCUCACCUCCGGAUUGUCCUUGUCGGGAAAACUGGAGUUGGGAAGAGUGCAACGGGAAACACACUCUAAAAAAAGGUUUUUCAGUCGAAACUUUCGUCUUCUUCACUGACAUCCGAGUGUCAGAAGGAAACAGCAGAGUGUGGAGGUCAGACACUGGCCGUGGUCGAUACUCCAGGCCUGUUUGACACCAGCAAGUCUGAGGAGCACGUGAGAAACGAGAUCGCUAAAUGCAUGUCGUACGCUUCUCCUGGUCCUCAUGUGUUCCUGGUGGUGCUCCAGCCGGGAAGAUUCACCAAAGAAGAACAAGACACGGUGAAAAUCAUCCAGCAGAUGUUUGGAGAGAAGGCAGCGGGGUACACCAUGGCUUUGUUCACCCACGGAGAUGAUCUGAAGGAUGAAGAACACACCAUAGAGGAGCUUAUCAAAGAGAAUCCAGCUCUCCGUCAGUUCGUCAGUCAGUGCCGUGGAGGAUUUCAUGUGUUCGACAACAAAGACAAGGAUCCAGGACAAGUGAGCGAGCUGCUGAAGAAGAUCAACACCAUGGUCCAGAGAAACGGAGGAACCUACUUCACCAAUGACAUGUUCCAAGAGGCUGAGCGGGCCAUCAGAGAAGAGCUCAGACUGGUGCUGGUGGGUCAGGAGAAAGUGGGGAAGAGCUCAGCAGCAAACACCAUCCUGGGAAAGAAGGAGUUUGGCUGCAGGAUCAGCUCCACACCUCUGACUCUGAGCAGCAGGGUGGUAGAAGGUGCUGUUGAGGGCCGCUGGGUCUCGGUGGUGGACACUCCUGGACUGUUCAGCUCUCAGCUGUCUCCAAAGGAGGUGAAAGCAGAGCUGCUGGCAGCGGUGAAGCUGAGCUCUCCAGGUCCUCACGCCUUCCUCCUCACCCUCCAGCUGGGACGCUUCACCGAAGAAGAGCAGAAAGGCCUGCAGACCCUGCAGAACAUGCUGAGUUCAAACAUCUCCAAACACACCAUGGUGCUGUUCACCUACGGAGACCGACUGGAAGACACCGACGUCCAGCAGCUCAUCAGAGAAGACGACAACCUGCAGCAGCUGCUGAAGAACUGUAGCGGCUACUGCCAUGUCUUCAACAACAGACAGAUGGAGGACAGGAGGCAGGUCCAACGUCUGCUGGACAAGAUAGACUCCAUCUCUGAGGGAGGACACUUGAACUACAGGAGAACCUCUGAGAGCUUCAUAGUCAGGGUUGGUCAGGGGAUUCGCCAGAGAUGUUUGAGGCUAUUUAGCAACUUCUACCACAUCAUCAGAAGUGGAGAGACACAAAGAGAACGGGAGGAGACCAGAGGAAGAGAGAGAAGAGAAGAUCAGGGGGGGAAGAGAAGAGAGAGGAAGGACGGAAAGAGAAGAGAGGAAGAGGAGAAACGUGGUUUGAAGGCCCAAGCAGCAGACACUCAGAGUUCAUCUCAGACCACCAUCACCGUCAUCAUGUCUCCUGACCAGGAAGAUCUCAGUCACAACAUCUAA